AUGAACCGUGCCGAUCCAGAUACUGAAAUCAAAGUUCGUGCUUCAAUACGUUUUCUCAAUGAAACGAUUCAAACAAACGCGAAUGAACCAUCUUUAGCUUUGUAUCGAAUUCAGGAACAUGUACACAAAACAUUUCCAGGAAUGAUACAAAAACGCCAUGAACUCGAAAUUUUACAAGAACAAAUCAAUGGUCUUGUGUUUGAUAUCGAAUAUGGCAUAGAUGCAGUGAAAGAUCUAGGAACCAGUGCGAACCAUGUCAAUAAUGUUGUUGCAUAUCUGGAAAAAGCACGUGUUAUUAGUAAACAGAUCAAUCUAUUCCGGCAACAACAGAUCCAGCAACAGCUAUUUCUCGAAACAAGUAUGCCGUUCAUUAAUAGUAAUAGCCAAAUGCGCCGAGUAGGAAUUGUUUCUACUACAACACUGGCAGCUAUUGGCUUAGUUUAUCUACUAUGGAAAGUAUACAGUCGUCGGUCACCCGCACACCGACCGAGUCGAGCUCCGUUGACUCGAACACUGUCAAUGGAUGAAUGGGAAAAUGCGACGGAUACACCUCCAAAAGAAACUCUUCCAACUCCUCAGCAACUGUACAAACACGGGCUUGAACAUAUGAAUAUUUCCAUUGACUAUUGGCAACGCGCAUUGACUAUUAUUGACUUGAGUUUAUCCAAUCAGCCGGAAUUGAUUCAGCCAGAUUAUUCACUGAGUCGAAAUCAUUUAACUGAAUUAAGGCAGAAAAUUCAAUUUUUACUAAACAAAAUCGAUGUGAAUUCCAAUGCGACUGAAUUAGCUUUGUUAGUCGAGCAAGAACAACAACAAUUGAAAUCUACUUAUGAAACAUUACCGCUUCCACCUACUUCAAUCGAUAAUAGCUUAGUUAUAUUGAAUCGUAGUGAAUCGACACGUGCUCAACAAGAACUACAAACGAUCCUAAGUGUACAAUCUGAUUUAAAUACAUUCAAUGAUCGACGUUCGCUUCGAUCAAUACGUUCAUCAGAUAGUUUUGAAAGUUGUCCUGAUGAUGCUGAAUGGCUCGAUGCAGGUGAUCUGAUUUUCGAUCCAUCGUCGCCAUACUACUCAUUACCACCGUACUACGUCUAUGGACUUCGUUUAGCAGAAAAGAAUCAAGUACAAUAUCGAAAACUACGAACAAAACUUCUGCAUUGCUCUUCGGAUACAGAUUAUUUAGCAAAACUAUCCUGUAUACGCACAGCUUGUGAUGAUAUACUUGGUAGUGAAGAGAAGAAGGAUUAUUUAAAGCGGGUUGCACGAGCCAUUUGCGAACGUUUUCUCGAGAAAGCAUCGAAAGACAAAACACGUUUUAUUCAUGCGUUUGACCAGAUGAACGUCCUCCUUGGUGAUGAACGUAAUUGGCCGAUGAUUAGCGAAGAGCUUGCUUCAGCAGGGGUGAAAAAUCCAACUGUAUACAAUGUUGGCAUCGAUUUCAUGUUAUUGGAAGGUUUUGAGAUUUUGGAUGCUCCGCCAUCAGCCAUGCGAACAAUCUUACAGAACCGUUGGUUAUCAGAAUCAUUCCGUGAACAAGCAUUGAACAAAGCUGUAUCAUGCGCAUUGAAAGUUCGACGCGCAACAGCGAAGCAUCAAGAUGGAUUUCUAACCACGUUUCUAACACUAAUCGAAGAUAUGACACCUGUUUUUGCCUGGGGCAUCCUCGGACCCGAUAGUCCAGUGAAACCAAUGUGUACAUUUAUCAAAGAUACGGUUUUAGACUUUGCACGGUCACUCUAUGACCUGAAACGAACUGACUAUACAUCGUUAGCUAACUUAACCACUGAUAUUGAUCGACAAAUGAAUAAUCUGUUGAGUACUUUGGUGAAAGAGAUGAACGUUGACCCAAAGUCGAUUGUCAAUGUAUCACGAAUAAUUCAUGUGAUAUGCAUAUAUUUCUAA